GUGACUUCUUUGAUUUCUAAAUUCCAUUUGUUAAUUAUUCAGUGAAUGUGUUAUUGGUAGAGUAAUGAUCACUUGUGGAAGCAUAACUAACCUGAGGUUUUUGAACUAUAAAUUAGGAGGCCCCAUUUCAAAACCUCACUCUCAUCUGUCAAACUUGUUGUUAUCCAUUUCCAGAAUAAACCGAUCGAAGGAGAGCAUUUGCAGAAUCAAUGGUUACCAAAGUUUACAUUGUAUACUAUUCUAUGUAUGGACAUGUGGAGAAACUAGCUCAAGAGAUACAGAAGGGAGCAGCAUCGGUUGAAGGAGUCGAGGCCAAGCUAUGGCAGGUUCCAGAAACACUGCCAGAAGAGGCCCUCACGAAAAUGAGUGCACCUCCGAAAAGCGAUGUUCCCAUUAUCACUCCUAACGAGCUUUCUGAGGCUGACGCCUUCAUUUUUGGGUUCCCAACAAGAUUUGGGAUGAUGGCGGCCCAAUUCAAAGCCUUUAUGGAUGCCACUGGAGGCCUGUGGAGAACACAGCAACUUGCAGGGAAGCCAGCUGGCAUCUUCUUCAGCACCGGUUCCCAAGGCGGUGGCCAAGAAACCACAGCACUGACGGCUAUCACUCAGCUUGUUCAUCAUGGGAUGAUCUUUGUGCCCAUUGGGUACACAUUUGGAGCUGGCAUGUUUGAAAUGGAGAAAGUGAAAGGCGGGAGCCCUUAUGGUGCUGGGACUUUUGCUGGGGACGGUUCACGCCAGCCAUCUGAGCUUGAAAACGAGCAGGCGUUUCACCAGGGAAAGUACAUUGCCACCAUUACCACCAAACUCAAGGGAGCUACUUGAUCACUCAUUAGAUAGAUAAUAAUUAUACUAUUUUUUUGCAUUCAUAUGAUUUCUUUUUUCUUGAUUUUUGAGUAUAUGUGUUGUUGUCAUAAGAUGCAUAAGUGAUUCUUGCCCGAUCGGAUAUUUUUGGUUCGGUUGGCUUUGGUUUAUGCAUAUAUAAGUUUGUGAUGAAGCCUAAAUAUAUCUAUGUUGUUUCUAGUUAGCAUCGCGAAUGGCUUGAUGAAGUUAUGGUUGUAUAUCUAGCAUGGAAAUUGGAUCUUGGUUAAUGAAAGUUUUAUUUUGGGUGGCAACCUAGUUAAAAAUA